GCCACACACGCGUCAGUGGACACUUACUGUAUUUUGCGCGUAAUGCACUUUUCGGUAACCUAUUUAUUCUUACUUUGGAGGAAGAUGUUGCAAAUAUGAGCUGAAGUCAAAGAUGUUCAGUUCGGGAUGUGAGCUGCUUCCGGAUGACACUUUAAUUAGGAUGGCGUGCAAGUCGUGAGCAAAAAGGUAAAGCAAAGUUGUCCACUCUUCCAGUUCGAGCGCAGCGUGCCUUAAGAUGAAGGUCUCGUUGUUUCUCUCUCCCUGCAGAAUGAAUGCAAGAUGCUCAUUACUGAAACUGAGAAGAAAGUUAAUCCCUUCACUGCUGUCAUUGCUGACUUUGUGUGUCCUGCUGUUGAUCACUGUGAAGUACAGCUCCAUCACUGAAUCUUUACCGCCACCUGUCGACAUUCAGACUUUUCAAAAGUACAAUGUGAACUGUAAAGCAAUCUACGAUAUGGACCCCGUUGAGGUGGGGAAAUCGCUCAUCACCAGAACAAACCAGCUUGUGGAAGACACCGAUGAAAGUCUGUCUACAGCCACCUCAAACUGUCCGAUGUUCAUGAAGACAAGAGGUUAUGAUGAUGUGUGUGUGUCGGAGGAGGAGAAGGAUUUUCCAAUUGCUUAUUCUUUGGUUGUGCAUAAAUCUGCGUGGAUGUUGGAGAGGCUACUCAAAGCGAUUUACUCACCAAAUAACAUCUAUUGCAUCCACUACGAUGAAAAGUCCUCCGCUCAGUUCACCUCAGCCAUGAAGGGUUUGGCUGGGUGUAUGCCCAAUGUUUUCAUUGCCACCAAGAGAGAAGUGGUAUUUUACGGCGACAUUACCCGACUGAAAGCUGACCUCAACUGUCUGUCGGACCUUCUGAGGUCAGAGGUCCAAUGGAAGUAUGUCAUCAACCUCUGUGGUCAGGAUUUCCCCCUCAGGACCAACAUAGAGCUGGUGUCAGAACUCAAGAAGUUGAACGGAGCACACAUGCUGGAGACAUGUCAACCUACCAAGUCCAAGAAGAAAAGGUUUACUUUCCACCAUGAGCUGAGAGACAAUAGUGAAUUUGGCAAGUGGCAAGAGGCAACGAAGCAGAGAAAGACGCCACCUCCACACGGUAUCCAGAUGUUCACUGGUAGCGCCUACUUUGUCUUAUCAAGACACUUUGUCGUUUACUUGAACUCCUCGGCUGUGGUGAGGGAUUUGCUGGACUGGUCAGAGGACACCUUCUCUCCGGAUGAACACUUCUGGGCGACGCUUGUGCGAAUACCAGGAGUACCAGGGGAGGUACCCAGAUCCCAGGGUGACAUCACCGACCUGAUGAGUAAGACCAGGCUGGUGAAGUGGGAAUACCUGGAGGGGAAAGUGUACCCGCCAUGCACAGGGGAACAUGUCCGCAGUGUUUGUGUUUUCGGUGCAGCAGAAAUGCGUUGGUUACUGAGCUAUGGUCACUGGUUUGCCAAUAAGUUUGACCCCAAAGUGGACCCAGUUGCAAUACAGUGUCUUGAGGAGGAGCUGGAGGAAAGACAAAGGUUUUUCCGAAAAGCAGCCAUUUCCUCCUGUCCAAAACAUUAAUCCAAAACUACUGUACUGACACAUCAUCAGAUGCCGUUUAUCAAGACACCUUCAGGUGAGGCAGGCCCCCUGUAGGCUGAUCAGAACCUGGAUGUAUUUAAAGGUUAGGUGAGAAUUCUUUGCUUGAUUAACCCUUUAAUUAUCCACCAGCAUCCUGGCAGUGGUUUUGGUAUGAACCUUGUGACCAGACUUCCUCAAGCCUUAAAGGCUUUAUAUGCGAUUUUUUGAUCCAGCAGAUGUCGCCCUUGAGCACCAGCAUGAAACCAAAACAACU